AUGGAUACUAAUUCAACACCAUCAUCCAUUAUAGUUCGUUCAUAUCAACCAUCUGAUUUACCUGCAUGUCAAGCAUUAUUUAUAGAAGGACAUCGUGGAUAUGGCAACUCGACAUCUUAUGUUAACAAUGCUCUAGCAACAGAUAUGGCUGAUAUUGAAAAGAAUUAUCUUCGAGUUUCAGGUGGACAUUGGUGGGUAGCUGUUUCACCUGACGAUAAUCGUAUUGUUGGACAAAUAGCUAUUUUGCCAAUGCGUUUAGGUCAUCCAUUAUAUUAUUCUCAAUUAACUGGAGAGGAACGAGAUCAUAUUUGUGAUGUACUUAGACUAGGUGUUACUCUGGAUGCACAAAGACUAGGAGUAGGAAAAGAACUAUUCUCAACUUUAAUUAAUUUUGCUCGUGAAAAUGGAUAUCGUCAAAUCCAUGUAACGACUUUAACGCAUAUGAAUAAAGCAAAUGCUUUCUACAAAAAGCACGGGUUCAUAAAAGGUCAUAUAGACAAGACACCGAUCGGUGGUACACCUGAAAACACCAAUGAUGAAAAUAAAUCGAUGAAUAAUAAACCAACAUCUACUAUUUUCGAAGUGGAUACUAUUAUACCAGAUGAAGAUCAACGUUUAAUGAAAUUACCACCUACUGAAUCAAAAUUCAUAUACGUUCAACAUUAUCAUCUUCCAUUAUAA